CUUUACUUCACUCCGUAACUCACGGGACGAUGAAUGGUAAGUCGGCGAACGGUUCGGUGGGGGGAAUGGCCUGCAUCGAGGGGCUGCCCCCGCUGCCGAAGAGCCUGAGCGGCUUGCUGAACUCGAGCGGGGGCUCCUGGAGAGAAAUGGAGAGGAUGUACGUGAAGAAAACCAUGAUCCAGGACGACCUGAGCCGAGGCAGGAACAACGCCGACAACCUGCUGGCGAACAAGCCGGCCAACCUGGACGCCGCCCUGGCUCUUCUGCGGAAAGAGAUGGUGGGUUUGCGUCAGCAGGACAUGUCCCUGCUCUGCCAGCUGUGGUCGCUCCACGAGUCCAUCCAGGAGUACAAGGGCAGCUGCCAGGACCUGAGCGCCGCCUCCAGCCUCAGCAUGAUGGAGAACGGCUACUUCGACGAGGACGACGAGUAUUACCCCGAGCCCGGAGCCACUCCCACCGGGGAGCAGCUGGACGGAGAGGUCGGAGACGGGGCGGCAGCCAAGAAUGGGAGCAGCGGCGGCGGCAAAGACGACAGCUGGGACUCCUUUCACGUGACCAUCUGAAGCCUCGCUUUCGCCGUUCCUCUGCAGACGGGUUAAAGACGCAGUUCGGCUGGAGGGAAAGCUCUGGACACCUCCAGGACGGAGCCGGUUGGUUAGAGGUAGCAGGUAGAGAUCUCUCAGAGCCAUAACGGACCAUCAACAACCGCCUCAGGUGAAACACAGCCCUGCUCGUGCUGCAGAAGGUUUGGUUUUUUGCAGCGUGAGCGUGAGCUUCAUCGAGCCGAGAGGCCGAGCGUUCGGACUUAUUAACUCAAGGAUUAUAUUCCAGGACUCAAAAUUAGGCGAUAUGUAUGAUUUCUCUUUCUAAUCAGCUCUGCUGCUGCUUCUAUAUCAAGUGGGUUUUAUUAGCCAGUCGCCCUUUUUGCAGAACUUUUUUUACAUAUAAAAAAUAUAUGAACAAAGUUGUAUUAUUUAUUCUAUAAUAUAAAUAACAAGACGUUUGUUUCCUGUUGCUCUCCGGAUGCUUCGCGCUGCAGCUCUGGAACGAGGGUGCAGCAGCGUGGACAGGUUGGAAGCUGGGCCUCGACAGGAGAACUCAGAGGGUGGACUGUGUUGGUCUAAAGAGACGACGGACUGAUGGACAGAGUGUGAAAUCAUUGGUUUACAGAAGAGCAGGAGGUGUGGACAGAAGCUGUCAGACCUCAGUAAUGGAGAGACAGGCGGCGUCCUCAGACCUGGGUCCGGUCCAGCAGUCGGGGCUCCGCUCUCUUUCCAGCUGGAGCUCAUGUUUGCUCUGAAAAUGUGAAAUGUUGAAGAUGCUGGAAGCAGUUUGCAGUGUUAGCGAGUCCAGAGCUUCCCUGAGCCUUCAAGCUGUUGGUGCUCAGACGCAUCGUGUGCAGCUUUGCUGUGUCGCUGUUUUCAGACCGGUGGUUUUAAAGAUCCACGUGGUUUCAGUCUAAUGAUGGAUUAUACUCUGCUGAGGUAAUUCCUUUCAUGAGGCAUCGACUUGGCUCUUAUUUUCAUGCUUACAGCCAUCGUUCCCAUCAAAAAUAACUUUGCAAUGACUCUAAAAAAAACCUGGUUAAGUGUUAAUUAACAACAUUUAUCUCUUCACACAGUCAGGUAGCAGGUGCUUCGUAGCCAGCAUGAAAAAAAUCAGGAUAAAAUGAUUUAAUCAGCCGUUUUCCACAAAACCAGCUUUGAGACUCAAAUUUUAAGAUGUUGGCAAGAGUGGAGAAGCUGUGAUUGGCUGUUUGGGAUGUGUCACAGUGAUGCAGAAUGUCAGUCUGAUGCUCAGCGACGUUCAGCUGUCGGUCACAGCUCAUGCAGACCAGAAAGACUCGAUCUGAUGAAGGCAGAGACUCGGUAAGACUUUGUGUCCUACCCAGAAUCUGAACAGAGUUUUUGAUUGAAAGUGAAAUUUCGGCCUUAUUUUAGACUCAAAGUCUGUUUUUGCCGCCGCCGGCGACGGAUGAAGACGUUUGGAUGUUCUCACAUCACGCUGAGCUCCACAGACCGGAUGAAUGAUCCCUGCAGUCUUCCUGAAUAUCUGAACUGUGCAAAGGUCUGAGCCGGACCUGCAGAGCCACGGCUCGACACGCCGCGUGGACACGCCUUCGCCGCCGCCGCUCGGCGUGUUGUGUCGGUGCAGAUCGCGUGACGUCGCCUGCGUGUAGGCUGGUCCGCUGUUUUCACAAACCAAAGAGACGGCAGCGCUCAGAGUGAGGUGUGUUCGCUUUAAGGUGCUGAAGAAGACAGCGUCCUCCGGUCCAGGGGGACAUCUGUCCUCGCAGGUCUUCCUGUGGUCUCUGUCCUCCAGGACUCGCAGUUGAUUUGACUUUGCAGCGAUAGCUCUCGCUCAGAGAAACACGAGUAUCUUCAGAUGACGAGAGCAAGAGCCCAUCGUUCCCGAUCAUAUCACACCGACGCCGCGGCAGCGUCACGUCAAACACGGCGUUCAGAUACUUUAGGAAUGUUGCUAAACUUUAGCUUAGCAUAAAGACUGAAAGCAGGGAGGAAACAGUCACCACGGCUUCAUCCAAAUGUCCCAAAGUGUGAAGCUGAAGCUCACUGACCAACGAACACUCUGUGUUUCAUCUGAUCCCACAAAACAAGGCGUAAGAAGAAGAAAGUGUUUAAAUCUGAAACGUUCCCCCGUUAGCAUCCAGAAUGUGAGAUUCACCGUCGAACCAAACAGAACGCGGUGGUGCUGAUCCGCCGUCGGAUCAACUGGACCGAAUGUCUGUUAGUUUGAAAGCAGCGGCGAAUCAAAGCUCGUUGGAUCAGACGGCGUCGCUGCUGCUGUUUGAGAAACGGCAGUAAAAACUGACCCCAGACCUUUCAUUGGAUGUCGACACAAUUAGUGCCUUUGCAGACCUUCAGCUCUCAGACCUGAGGCCUGCUGUUCAGGAUCAUUGGACUCGCUCGACGUGCGUUCGGUUCUUAAAGCUGCCGCGUGUCCAACGGUCGAGUUACAUCACGACAGAUCUCCCUGAAAGAGCUGCGUGUUUGCUUCCGUUCUUCGCGUCGCUGAGGAGGAAGCAGCCGUUUGCUUCGUCUCCUGCUGUCCUGGUGUGAAUGAGCGGAAACAUGUGGAUGAAAAAUCAGAUUUAAUCUUCUGCAUGUCGCAGCUUUAACGUGCAGAACUUGUACCAGCCUUAACAUCGUUCAUGUCGUCAGUGAAAGGCGCUGCAGGCUGUCGUUGUGCUCGUUUGUGGUUGUUCUGCGGUCAAACCUGCAGCUACCUGACCCUCUCUGAGGCUUCAUCACGCAGGCCGAACGCUGACUCCACUGUGACGAGUUGAACACCAGCAGAUCGUUCUCUGAGCGGCGGAAUAACGUGUGAUUUCCUGCCGUCCGUGUGACGGCGUGACAUGACGGCACGUCUUCGCCCCGGAGCCACGAAAACUUCUUCAAAUGUUUGAACACGAUUGUCAUGUGACGCUUUGUUUGUUUUCCACUCACACGAAGACGUCGACCGUUAGAGGAGGAGGAACCGCGUUCCUGCCUGAAGUGGCCUCGAUAGACCAGAAUGCAUUGCAGCCACGGAGGCUUCGUGUUCUGACUGAAGUGGAGGGUUUUACUGUAAUCACAGUGUUCACCCCCGCCGUCACCUCACAGCCCUGCUUCACUGCUUCUUAUGAGCCUCUCUGGGAAAACAGGAACUUGCACCAAAAACACCAAAUUAGAACUUUUCAGCAGCGAUAACGUGAUGAGACAUCGACGAUGCUGAAUGAAACACGCUGAUCUGCAUCAGGACGAGCUGUGGCUCGUUCUCACAUCGCUCUCCACCUCUUUAACAGCUGUGAACUUCAUGACUUUCCACUGUGCGUCGUUCAUUAAAUCACUCGAGUGGAGUUAACGUGAUCGUGUUGCAGAAUGUGUGAAUGACCAAACUGCUGCAGACCUGUCCUUCUUAUCAUCCUGCUAACGAUUUAAUAAAGUGAUUCCAUACUUUCAGGUUUGCAGUGAGCUUUUUUCUUUGCACCUUUUCCCCAAAAUUAAGUAUUUAUCCCAAAUGUCUGGUUUCAUUUGAGUCUUGAUGCUCCUUUGAGUCGAAAUGUUUG